ACGGUCCCGAAACGAAUAUGUCGCCCAAGGUACUUUUAUUAAUUGCCUGCGUUUCUCUGGUGAAAGCAACCGGCAUAUUAAAUGCUGGUUACUCAACCGGAGGUGUUGGAUCUAUCGGAGGUUUAGGAGCUGGCGCAGGCGCAGGACUGGGAGCAGGAAUAGGUGCUGGGUUAGGCGCUGGACUAGGUGCAGGACUAGGAGCUGGAAUAGGAGCAGGUGCAGGCCACGGAAUUGCCAUUGCGCAACCGGCCAUAGCAAUAGGACAAGUAGCCCAACAAGUAGUAUCUUCGGUGCCGGUGGUGCAAUCAAGCGUCGAACCGUACGAUCAUCAACCGAUCUACAGUUUUGCUUACUCGGUUCAAGAUGGACAUACCGGAGACUCGAAAAGCCAGCACGAAAUUAGGAACGGAGACUCAGUGAGAGGGCAAUAUAGCCUGACUGAACCUGAUGGCAGCCGCAGAACAGUAGACUACGCUUCAGAACCCCACACGGGAUUCAACGCCGUCGUACACCGAACCCACGGAUAAAAUGUCGAACUUGCCCGAAUAGAAUACGAAAUCAAGAAAAUUCCGCUAAAAAUCGAUAAUGUUUACUUGUACAUAACACAUAAUAUAAAGCUUUCGCUUAGAAGACGCCGUUUCGCAAAAUAUUGUCCAAAUAGUUCUGACAGUGUUCUGGCUCAAUUUUCUGACUUAAGGUUUAAGACUUUUGCAAACAAUUUCGCAUGUUGUGUUAUACUGUUAUAAUAAUUUUCGUAAUUUGAAUACUGUCCAUAUUGUAUAUUUGUUUGAAAUUUGAUUCCGAAUAAACAUUUUGAUAU